GGGGCGUGGUCGUAUCUGCAGUGCACAGCAGUCAUGAAUUUGGAACUUUUGCAGACGGUGGAUCAAAGUUACCCAGAGCACAACGAUGGAAUUCUGGACUCUGGCAGCGAAGCUCUCACGUGCGCCUUCAACAGACGCGGGACUCUCCUGGCGGUAGGCUGUAACGAUGGCCGAAUAGCAAUCUGGGACUUCAUGACCCGCAGCAUUGCCAGAAUGUGCAAUUCUCACAUUCAUCCUAUCACUUCUCUAAGCUGGAGUCGUAGUGGCCGAAAGCUCCUCAGCUCCUCCACUGACUGGAACGUGAUGCUGUGGGACGUUGCCACCGGCGAUAUGGACCUCCGUCUCCGUUUCCCCUCCCCCAUCCUCCACACACAGUUCCACCCCAGAGACAAGUCAGUGUUCCUGGUGUGCCCGAUGAAGAAUGUACCUCUGGUGGUGAGGAGAACGGGAGAGGAAUAUACACACACCCCACUACCCACUGAUGGAGAGUCAGAAAUCAACAUAGUGGCCUCAUUUGACAGACGAGGAGAGAGGAUCGUCACGGGGAGCUCCAAGGGAAAGAUUCUCAUCAUUGACUCCUGCACAUUAGACGUUCUCAAGUCAUUCAAGGUCUACAGCGGAGCAUCAACUGCCACUGCCAUCAAAUCUAUUGAGUUUGCCAGGAGAGGAAGGUGCCUGUACUACAUCUAACAACUCUUUCAUUUCUUUCUCAACUCUGACCGAGCCUUCAAAAUCUGACAAAUUUCCACAUGCCUACACUAUCAUACACUAUAAUUGAGUACAGAAACGGAAGUACAGGCUAACAAACCACCCUGAAUACAUAUAGCUGGGAGAGUGCAGUGCAAGCCACCCUUAAUAGUU